CUCCCCUUCGCCCCAGCGCUCCGAAUCUGCCCCGGCAGCUGCCGCAGCUGCUGCUGCCGCCCGGGCUGCCUGGGGGGGCGACUGCGCGUCACCUAGACUGAGGAGCGCCGGGGAUUUAAAUGCCACUGAAAUGGUGAUCCAUCACCGCAGGAGCCUGCAAACUUUCGCAGCGAGCUCCGCCAUUGGCUGAUAUAGUCACGUGCCCCUCCCCUAGCGCCCUCCGCCCUCCCGCCCCCCCUCUUGCGCACUGUACAUUCAUAUCAUUUUUCUUCUCCGGCCCCAUGGAGGAAGUGAGAAAGUUGGCACGGUCACCCAGGGCUUCGCAGGACCUGGUCACUCAGUGACAGAUGGACAAUGCAAGAAUGAGCUCCUUCCUGGAAUACCCCAUCCUCAGCGGUGGCGACUCGGGGACCUGCUCAGCGCGAGCCUACCCCUCCGACCAUGGAAUUACAACUUUCCAGUCGUGCGCGGUCAGUGCCAACAGCUGUGGCGGCGACGACCGCUUCCUAGUGGGCAGGGGGGUGCAGAUCAGCCCGCCCCACCACCACCACCAUCACCACCCCCAGCCGGCCACCUACCAGACUCCUGGGAACCUGGGGGUAUCCUACUCCCACUCGAGUUGUGGUCCAAGCUACGGCGCGCAGAACUUCGGCGCGCCUUACAGCCCCUACGCGUUAAAUCAGGAAGCAGAAGUAAGUGGUGGGUACCCCUCGUGCGCUCCCGCUGUUUACUCUGGAAAUCUCUCAUCUCCCAUGGUCCAGCAUCACCACCACCACCAGGGUUAUGCCGGGGGCGCGGUGGGCUCGCCUCAGUACAUUCACCACUCAUAUGGACAAGAGCACCAGAGCCUGGCCCUGGCCACGUAUAAUAACUCCUUGUCCCCUCUCCACGCCAGCCACCAAGAAGCCUGUCGCUCCCCUGCAUCAGAGACAUCUUCUCCAGCACAGACCUUUGACUGGAUGAAAGUCAAAAGAAACCCUCCCAAAACAGGGAAAGUCGGAGAGUAUGGCUACGUGGGUCAACCCAAUGCAGUGCGUACCAACUUCACUACUAAACAGCUCACGGAGCUGGAGAAGGAGUUUCACUUCAACAAGUACUUGACACGCGCCCGCAGGGUGGAGAUUGCCGCAUCCCUGCAGCUCAAUGAGACCCAGGUGAAGAUCUGGUUCCAGAACCGCCGAAUGAAGCAGAAGAAACGAGAGAAGGAGGGCCUCUUGCCCAUCUCUCCAGCCACUCCGACGGGAAGCGAGGAGAAGGCCGAGGAAUCCUCAGAGAAGUCCAGCUCCUCACCCUGCGUUCCUUCCCCGGGGUCUUCUACCUCAGACACUCUACCUACCUCCCACUGAGGCCGCCCCGGCCCCACUCUGCAGCCCAGGCUACUCCUCCGGCUGGGACUUCUUACCCAAAGCACAUUCUUAGCUUAUCUUCCUUUCCAUUUACAAUCUUUCUCUUCCUUUCUGAUCCUAUCUGGGGAACUCCUGGCCAGGAUAAUGUGUUUCCAGAGAAUUCUGGAUUACAAACUUGAUGGGGGGGGGUGUUAGCUCCAUAGCGCAGAUUGAGUGCCAGCAUCAAUUUUCUGAUGGCACCUAACACCCCUACUUUUAGGAGAUUUCGACAGAACCUACUGUUCCUUUCAGAUGCCCUUUGGAAAAUAGUUUCCUCUGCCAGCCGAAACAUGUCAGAGCAAGGCCUCUCAUCUUUUAUCUAUCUGUAUAUUUACAGUUCUCCCCUACUUUGCCCUUAAAGUAGGCUAGAGAGAGAGAAGAGGGUCCAGGAGCUCAUGAAGAACAGAUACACUAUGAGAGUGUUUACACAAUUAAUUCAUCCCUUAAUUUAAUUCAGUUUCAUGUGUGUGAGUUUGCUGGUUGUAAAUGCUUUGUCCUGAAAGAUUUAUCUUUAUACAGAUUUUCUAGAAAUGUUUUGAUUAAGUGACUAAAACACAGUGGGCAAACUCUUAAAGCUGGUAUAACUUUAUAUGUGAUUAUAGGUUAAAGAAUUAAAAGCUCUCAUUUAAAAUCAAUCAGAUGCCUCAGAUGGUAGCCUCAAUUUGUUCUUUCAGUGAGUUAAGAAGGCCUGCAGAAUACAAGGGUCAGAAACCUUGCUUCCUGUGCUAAGUCUCUCCCCAUCCCCACUCCUUUCUUGUUUCUCUGGCCACACUCUAUUUAAAAUUUGUGCUGGAUUAUUCAGGAUCUAAAUGUAUUAUUCAAACCAGCUUCUUCCUUCCACAGUUAUCUUAGCUGGAUAUGAUAUAUUUUCAGCUCAAUUGUUAAUGUGAUGGAUGGCACAAUGAAUGUAUAUUUUGUGUGAUUCGUGAAUAGUCUUUUGCAUGUCGCACAAUGUUUUGAUGUCCCUGAAGUACCACACUGAGUUCUAUCAGUUAUCCUUUGUGAUAUUCCCCAUUUCCUGUACAAUCAUGAACAGCUCAGAGAUCCCGGAGUGAUGUGAUCCAGAGCAGA